AUGGCGGGCUUAUGGAGGUUCACACAGCAUCCAGGCUUCUGCUUCCUAACCUGUGUUUCUACACUUUUACUUCUUCUGCUCUUCAGCCACGCAUUAAGACCCAGACAGCAGGAGCAGAGACACAAAAGAGACUUCCCUGAAUCUACAGAACUCCCAGCAGAGCACAUCGACCCGGCGGCCAUUGAUCUCACUCCGCUGGUCAAUACUUUAAUAAAUUCAAGCCAAUCGGGCUCCCGGCAGCUCUUCUCUCUGCUCAGUGUGACGUCUUACAGCUCUCUGGCUCUGCACAAACUCACCCUGUUGGUCUACAACAUUUCCAGCAUCAGAAAUAUAGAAAGCAACAAGUUCAGGAGAAGAUUCUGCUACUGCGUCACCAACGAAACCAACGAUUUAACAGACUUUACAGCCAUUCUGCUGGAUGUGAUGGGAAACUCAACCAGUUACCUACACGAGCUCUUUAAAUCUGCCUCCAUAUUAUCAGUAAGCCAGAGGAAUAACUCAGACUGUAUUUACAUCUGUGUGAUGGCAGGUAAAAUGGGCAGAGAGGUUCCUGAGCUGUGGCAGGUCGGCUCCAUCACUCCACUGUUCAACCAGACCAUCGUCGAAGGACCACACAGAGCGAACGUCUCCUCCUUCAGACUGCCGGUUGAAUGGCACCAACUGCCCACGAAUCUGAGUCACAUGUCUCCAUCUGGGAUGAGCUCCAUGUUAACCAGCAGAGUCCAUUCGACAGCACACGCUUCACCGGCAACUCUGGACGAAACGGCUGCAACAACAGAAAAAGUUACUGCUGUUCAGCCGCUUGCAACGGCUCGACAACCUGCAACCUUCGUGCCGCAAAGUCAAACUACAGUCGAAAGGUCGGAGACGACGCAAGCAGCGACGACCGAAAGAUUCACCACACAAAGAGCAGCAUCAACUGUAGCAAUAUCCCAAACUCAAGCUACAGAAACAACAACAAUUACAACCCCACAACAACCAACAACUACUGUGUUAAUAAUGACAGCUGCAGCUCUAACCACAGUNNNNCCUCAACUCACCACAGUGCCACCCAGAGCCACAACCUUCUCACCAGCAGUUAGUCUGACCCAGGUGACCACAGCUACCAGCACAACGAUCCAUCACACAACUUCCACAGUCCAUCCAACAAGACUCUCCCCUACGGUGGCCAGAAGGACUACAGGGCCUCUUGACAGGAGGACUACAACUCCCAGCAAACCUGUGGAAACAGAGAAACCAGGUUGUCCUUGGAGGCGGAUGGAGCUGAGCGGCGAGUCCGAGUCUGAGUCCGAGUCCGAGUCCACGACCACCGUCAGCGCCAACAAGCUGCAGCCCUGCGUCCUUGAGCUCUGCAAGUUCUUCUCCACAUGCCUCUGCAGACCCUUCAGCCACAAGACACGCAUGAAAAGAUAUUGUGACGACAGCCACCUGUGGUAUGAAAAACACACUCUGGAGGUGUGUCGGCGGGUCAGGAGAGUCUCCUUCUCCAGAAAUCUGAAACAGAGAUGCCUGACAAAGAUGUGCAAUAAACUGUGA